GUAGCGCUCGGCCGGCGCUCAGUGCCGGCCGCCGCGGAGAGGCAGCGGGCGAGCGGCCGCCGGUCGGUGCCCGCAGCCGGCGCGGCGCUGCCCCCCUGCCGAGGACUUGCCGCGCUCGUCGCACGAGUGGCGGCGGGGGGAGCCGCACCCGCGGGGCCGCCUCUGCCCCUUCCCCGCCGCGCCGUUAAUGGAAACAUGGCGAUGGCGGCUCCGACCGGCAGCGCGGCGCCCGUCGCCCCGGCGCUCUGCGGCCACCUGGCCCUGCUGCUGCUCCUCGCCGCCCCCGCCGCGCACGGCUACAGCUUCCCCCAGCAGCACACUAUGCAGUACUGGGCCAGGAGGCUGGAGCAGGAGAUUGAUGGAGUGAUGAGGAUAUUUGGUGGAGUCCAGCAGCUCAGAAAGAUCUAUGAUGACAAUAAAAACCUGUUUGAAGUCAAGGAGAAUGUGCCCAGGAAAUUGGUGGAGAAGGUCGCAGGGGACAUUGAGAGCCUCUUGGCCAAGAAAGUCCGUGCUUUAAAGAGACUGGCCAACGCGGCAGAGAAGUUCCAGAAGGCUCACCACUGGCAGGACAACAUCCGGGAGGAAGACAUCGAGUACUACGACUCCAAGGCCGACACUGAAUAUGACGAUCCCGAUGGAGAAGAGAUUGAGAGGGAGAAGUCCAACUCCUUGAAGCUGGAGUUCACUGAUGAUGACAACUUCAAGACCAAGGUUAACUAUUCAUAUGCUGCCGUGCAGAUCCCCACGGACAUCUACAAAGGCUCCACCGUCAUCCUCAACGAGCUGAACUGGACCCAGGCCCUGGAGGAUGUGUUCAUCGAGAACAGGAAGGAGGAUCCCUCCCUGCUCUGGCAGGUCUUCGGCAGCGCCACCGGCGUCACCCGCUACUACCCCGCCACCCCAUGGAGAGCCCCCAAUAAGAUCGACCUCUAUGACGUGCGCCGGCGGCCCUGGUACAUCCAAGGUGCCUCCUCCCCAAAGGACAUGGUCAUCAUUGUGGACGUGAGUGGCAGUGUGAGCGGCCUCACCCUCAAGCUGAUGAAGACCUCGGUCUAUGAGAUGCUGGACACCCUCUCAGAUGAUGACUAUGUCAACGUGGCCUCGUUCAAUGAAAAGGCAAAGCCAGUGUCGUGCUUCAAGCACCUGGUGCAGGCCAACAUCCGGAACAAGAAGGUGUUCAAGGAGGACGUGCAGGGCAUGGUGGCCAAGGGCACAACAGACUACAAGGCUGGCUUUGAGUAUGCCUUCGACCAGCUGCAGAACUCCAACAUCACUCGUGCCAACUGCAACAAGAUGAUCAUGAUGUUCACGGACGGCGGUGAGGACCGAGUGCAGGAUGUCUUUGAGAAGUACAACUGGCCCAAUAAGACGGUGCGGGUCUUCACCUUCUCCGUGGGGCAGCACAACUACGACGUGACCCCGCUGCAGUGGAUGGCCUGUGCCAACAAAGGUUACUACUUCGAGAUCCCCUCCAUCGGCGCCAUCCGCAUCAACACGCAGGAGUACCUGGAUGUGCUGGGCCGACCCAUGGUUCUGGCUGGCAACCGAGCCAAGCAGGUCCAGUGGACCAAUGUCUACCAGGAUGCUCUGGGGCUGGGCCUGGUGGUGACAGGAACGCUGCCAGUGUUCAACCUGACGGAGGACAGCAGUGACAGGAAGAACCAGCUCAUCCUGGGCGUGAUGGGGAUCGACGUGGCUCUCAAUGACAUCAAGAGGCUGACGCCGCGUUACAACCUGGGGGCCAAUGGCUACGUCUUCGCCAUCGACCUGAACGGCUACGUCCUGCUGCACCCCAACCUGCAGCCCCAGAUCAUCAAUUUCCGUGAGCCAGUGACGCUGGACUUCCUGGAUGCUGAGCUGGAGGAUGAAAACAAGGAGGAGAUCCGGAGAAGCAUGAUUGAUGGCAACGAUGGGCAGAGGUUCAUCAAGACCCUCAUCAAGUCCCUGGACGAGCAAUACAUCGACGAGGUGUUCCGGACCUACACGUGGGCUCCCAUCAAAAGCACCAACUACAGCCUGGGGCUGGUUCUGCCCCCAUACAGUACCUACUACAUCCAGGCCAACCUCAGCGACCAGAUCCUGCAAGUGAAGUUACCAAACAUCAAAAUGAAGGAUUUUGAAUACCUGCUGCCCAACAGCUUUGAGUCGGAGGGACAUGUGUUCAUUGCGCCCAGAGAGUAUUGCAAAGACCUCGACCUGUCGGAUAACAACACCGAAUUCCUGGAAAACUUUAUUGCCCUCAUGGAAAAGGUGACCCCAGACUCCAAGCAGUGCGACAACUUCCUCCUGCACAACCUGAUCCUGGACACGGGUAUCACACAGCAGCUGGUGGACCAAGUCUGGAAAGACCAGGACCUCAACACGUACAGCCUCUUGGCCGUCUUCGCAGCCACCGACGGGGGCAUCACCCGUGUCUUCCCUAACAAGGCUGCGGAUGACUGGGAGGAGGAACCGGAGCCCUUCAAUGCCAGCUUCUACCGGAGGAGCCUGGACAACAAGGGCUACAUCUUCAAGCCACCCUACCGGGAUGCUGGCUACCGGGGGCUGGACCUGGAGAACAACACCAUCGGGAUCCUGGUGAGCACUGCUGUGGAGCUCAGCAUCGAGGGCAAGUCUCUGAAGCCCGCAGUGGUGGGGGUGAAGCUGGACCUGGAGGCCUGGGCUGAGAAGUUCAAAGUGCUGGCGAGCAACCGGACAGACCGUGACCAGCUGGGCACCCGUCGGUGCGACCCCUCAAGCAGCUGUGAGAUGGACUGUGAGGCCAACAACAAGGACCUCAUCUGUGUCCUCAUCGAUGAUGGGGGCUUCCUGGUGCUCUCCAACCAGGAGGACCAUUGGUACCAGGUGGGCAAGUUCUUCAGUGAAGUGGAUGCAAACCUGAUGUCUGCCCUCUACAACAACUCCUUCUACGCCCGCAAGGAGUCCUACGACUUCCAGUCAGUCUGUGCCCCCGAGGCCCCCAGCAACACGGGCGCAGCGCCCCGCGGCGUCUUCGUGCCCACUGUGGCCGAUCUCCUGAGCCUCGCCUGGUGGACCUCGGCCGCAGCCUGGUCCUUGUUCCAGCAGUUCCUGUACAGCCUCACCUACAGCAGCUGGUUCCAGACAGAGGAGGUGGUGGGGGACGGCAUGGAGGCCAGGGAGACGAGCUGCAUCAUGAAGCAGACCCAGUAUUACUUCAGCACCGUCAACGCCACCUACAACGCCAUCAUCGACUGCGGCAACUGCUCCAGGCUCUUCCAUGCACAGAGACUGGCCAACACCAACCUGCUCUUCGUGGUGGCUGACAAGCCGCUCUGCAGCCAGUGUGAGUCUGUCAAGCUGCUGCAGGCAGAGGUAAGAGCCCCCCCGAGGGACCCCAACCAGUGUGAGCUGGUGGACAGACCCCGCUACCGGAAAGGCCCCCACAUCUGCUUCGACUACAAUGCAACAGAAGAUACCUCAGACUGCGGCCGAGGGGCUUCCUUCUCCCCCUCCCUGGGGGUCCUGCUCUCGCUGCAGCUGCUGCUCCUUUACUCCAGCACCAGCCGGCACCCACUGCCCCCGGCCGCCUGCCUUUAGCCCCCUGGCCGCCCCCGCCAGCUCUCUUUUCUUUCCACUUCCAUCUCCACGCCCGUCCCCGGCCCGGUGGAGCGGGAGCCGCGUCCCCUCCGCCGCCUCGGGGACCCCGCGGUGCCGCCCCGCUGUCCCCCCCAGCCAAAGAAGAGUCGGGGUGCGGGCAGGGGCUCCCCGGCACAGCGGGGACCCGCAGGCUGCCCCGGCGCCCUCCCGCCCACUCGGACUUGGACAAGUGGCGUCGGUGUCCUCUGCCCGCGACCCCUCCAUCCACCUCGCCUAUUUUUUUAGCCUGAAGAUUUUAAAGCAGAUCUUUCUACAUCGAGUUUCCAACAUUUUCACCUGGAGACCCGGCGGGGUUUAUCGUCAGCAACGAGGACACAUGGGGAGAAAAAAAAAAAAAAAAAAAAAAA